AAACACAUUGGUAGCACCCUGGCGCUGCACGCACAUUUAAAUGAGCACAUUAAUUAACAUGGAGGUGACUAGACAACAGUUAUUCAUUCAUAGUGAAUAGCGGAAUAAGGCUAAAUAGGAAUAAGGAAUAAUACUAAUGAUACUAAAUAUUUUACCAUCUGUUGUUGUGAAUUUCUACAUUAUUAUGAAUGUUAUUAGCACCGGCAUGUAUGCCUUUACUCAAAACACGUCAGUAAACAGAGGCUUGAUACCAUUCAUUAAUUAAAAGCCUGAGUUGUUGUUGUAAUUAGAAUGUUGUGACAUAAUUGUGUCUCUUUACAACAAUCGUCGCUGAUAAACUAAACCUAGUUUACACGAGACAGAAAACUAUCCCCGUCCCUUCUCUCACACAAACACACGCGCGCGCGCACACACACACGCACACACACACACACACACACACACACACACACACACACACACACACACACACACACACACACACACACACACACACACACACACACACACACACGCACACACACACACACACACACACAUUGUUUUGUUUGUACGGAUAGGAGCCUAGCCCCUCCUUUAUGGAUCCAGGGGAACUCCCAUUGGCUGGCCGGUGUAGGCCACUUAAACGUCUGACCAAUGGGACGCGGUCGCUGUUUGUGGGACCCCCGGGGUUCUUAAAAAGGGGGCGACGGGGUAACUCUAGGGCCACAUUAGAAGGGACGCCGGACCAACUCCCACACUGACGCAUCCUGAACGUUUAGCCUCAGCUGUUGUUUUGGUUGACUUGAGUCGAGACUUUUUUCACUCUUAACACUUUCUGCUCUCCCCCUGCGUCGCGCCUCGUGCACGGUGUUUGAGUCCGUUUGGAUACCAGCAACCCAGGAGCAAGGUACCUCCAGAGAGAAAGAGGGAGAUGCACCUGCAGCUCGAGCGGGACCCUCCGGGUAUGUUUGGCGACCCCACCAUGGCGCUCCAGCUCCACGUCGCAGGUUCUUCCUACAAACACAGUGGGGACCCCCACCAGCACCCCUCCGCGUGCCACGGCCGCGAGGACCCCUCCGUUGCCGCCUCAUACGCCAGCAGCACGCGGGACUUCCUGGCGCGGAACCUCGGCUUCGUGGCGCCGGAGUCCUCAUCCCCCGGGGCAAUCGUGGACCGCCAGGCCCAGGAGCACCUAUUCCGGUCCAUGACCGGCUCCCUACUGCCGCACCACCCGGGCGGAGAGCGCCCGGCGCACGGCCACAGCCAGCUCCGAUUCCCGGGAUUCCACCCACACCACCACCACCUCCACCACCCAGAGCAGCAGCUGGUGGGCCGGUUCCCGGGGCUCCCCGCGGGGGUCGGGAUGGAGAUGUUCAGCCAGGAUCAGCUCCACCACGGAGCGUCCGGCGCUCGAGGCGAGACCUGUGGCGACUACGGCCCCCCGGGGGGGCUCAACAUGGGGCUCGCGGGCCACCAUCACCCCGGGGCGGGGGCGUUCUUCCGGUACAUGCGCCCGCAAUACACGAAGCAGGACCUCAUCUGCCGGUGGACCGGGCCGGACCACGCGGCAGAACCGGCGGGCGAGGCGCAUCGGUUCUGCGGGCGCACCUACGGCACCAUGCAGGAGCUCGUGACGCACGUCUCCGUGGAGCACGUGGGGGGUCCCGACCAGAGCCACCACGUCUGCUGCUGGGAGGACUGCCUGCGCGAAGCACAGCCCUUCAGGGCCAAGUACAAGCUCGUGAACCACAUACGCGUGCACACCGGAGAGAAGCCCUUCACGUGCCCCUUCCCGGGCUGCCUCAAGGUGUUUGCGCGCUCGGAAAACCUCAAGAUACACAAGCGGACGCACACAGGGGAGAAGCCGUUCGUGUGCGACUUCUUCCAGUGCGACCGGCGCUUCGCCAACAGCAGCGACCGCAAGAAGCACAUGCAUGUGCACACGUCCGACAAGCCCUACGUGUGCAAGAUGUGCGACAAGUCCUACACGCACCCCAGCUCCCUGCGCAAACACACCAUGAAGGUUCACGUCUCCCUCGCCGACGCCGACUGCUCCCCAGCGACCAGCAGCGGCUACGAGUCCCUCUCCUCCCCCCAGGAGACGGGCUCCCCCGGGUCCGACUCCCAGGGGCCCGCGUCCCCGGACCCCGAGGGGCCCCCCCGCGGCCCCGUUCCGUCCAACUACAGCGAAUGGUACACGGUGGCGGGCCAGGAGGUCCGGGGCAGCGGCUUCAUGUGAGGGCCCCACCGGGCGUCGCCAUGUUUACGGAUGAGAGACCCCCCCCAUUAACAGGCGAGGCGGGGGGGGGGCAGGUCCUGAUGCGGUGGCCGACCCCCCCAAACCCAGUUGGGAACCUUCUGCACAGAGCUCGAGGUGCGGCCUCUUGGUCGCAUUAUUUCAUUUUUAUAAAUCUCAGGGUUGGGGUUUGAGCUGAAGCAGGCGGUGCCAACUCCCACCUGGAGGGGGGAGAUGGGGGGGUACUUCUGGGUCACAAAGGGAGUGCACCACGCCAGACCAGAGGUAGAGCGGGAUGGACCUCUGGAGAAACAUGGCCCAGGGUUACUCUGAAGAGGAGGUCUCUGAAGAGAAGGUCUCUGAAGAGGAGGUCUUUGAAGAGGAGGUCUCUUAGGUGAAGGUCUCUGAAGGGGAGGUCUCUGAAGAGAAGGUCUCUGAAGAGGAGGUCUCUUAGGUGAAGGUCUCUGAAGAGGAGGUCUCUGAAGAGAAGGUCUCUUAGGUGUAGGUCUCUGAAGAGAAGGUCUCUGAAGAGCAGACCAGAGCCGGCUGACCACCGUUUCCUGCGGCCCAAAGCUCAGGCAAAGUUGCAUCGGCUGCGGCCAUCUUUUUCCUCUUUCAUGUGACCCAGCAUGAAGCGCUGCAGCCAAUCAGAACUCAGUAGCACUGUAGUUUGGACGCCCCGGUUGGGUCGAUACAAAACCAAAGACAUUCAGAGAAUCCACUGAGAAGUAAAGCGUGCAACGCAUGUCGUGGGAUCAUGAGUGGACAUGUUAUUAAAUGGUUGAGCGUU